AUGAGCCGAAGAUUUUCGCUCUAUCACUCAACUACUGUGAUGAUGAUGCUAUCGAUCUUCAAACUGCUCUUCCCUUUUUGCGCCUUUCUGGCUGAAUUGAGCCAUGUCAAUGCAGCGUGCGAACCGGAAAUUUCAUACCCGGCACCCAUAUAUGGUGGAGAUGUUUUGAAAAAGACCUUUGCGAGCAUCUCAUACAAUCUCGACAGCUCUAUUCAUACCGGAAAGUUCAACGGGACAUCCUUUUCUCUUGAAAUCUCAUCUUCUAACAACACUCUUUAUUCGAAACACCACACGGAAAAGUCUCUGGGUGGUAGUACCGUCAACGGCUCUUCGGUAUACCGGAUAGCUAGUAACACAAAGCUGUUCACUUCAUUGGGAGUUCUCCAGCAGGAAGCUCUCGGGAAGCUAAAUUUGGAUGAUGAAGCGACAAAAUACAUUUCCGAGUUGUCUCGCGGACACAGCAAGAUUUCGUGGAAAGGAAUCACAAUCCGAUCUCUGCUUGCACACCUCAGUGGGUUACCGGACAAUUAUGGCGACGAGGAUCUACUUCUGAGCAUGCCAGAUCCAUCGGUCGUUGGCCUUCCCCCAGUUACUGAAUUCCUCGCCAAUCACCUUCCAAAGUGCGGCGCCUAUUCCAACUGGACAAAGCGUUGCACCACUACCGAAUUGAAUCGGAACCUUCGCCAAGUCAACUCGGUUUUUGCGUCUCAGCAAGAAUCAUCAUAUAGCAAUGUCGGGUUCGAACUUCUCGGAGAAAUUUUGGCAAAUGUUACAGGUGUUUCCUACGAAGAAUACAUCUCCUCAUCUAUCCUAAAACCCCUCUGUAUGAAUUAUACUUCAUUUACAGCACCCGAUGAGUCUGUAGCUGCGAAAGCCGGACCAGGCUCAUACUGGGGCUUGGAUGAGGGCGCAGGCAAUUCCGCAGGUGGACUGUAUAGCACAUCCUCAGACAUGAUUACUUUUCUACGCUGGGUUAUCAACAACUACAAGCAAAUCAGCCCGACUCUCAACUGGUUUCAACCAAGUGCCUGGAAUUCUGGUUCUCAUUCACUCCUCGGAUAUCCCUGGGAAAUAUUCCGCUCUACUGAGAUUCUACCGAAUACAAAGCGGCCAGUCACGUUUUACACAAAGGGUGGCGGGCUAACAGGGUACUAUACCUACAGCAUCAUUAUCCCACAAUACGACCUGGCCGUCUUUGUCGCAGCUGCUGGCGGCCUUUCCAGCCUUCAUAACAUAUUCACCGAUGUUAUUAAUCCCCUAGUCAUCGGAGCAGAAGAUAGGGCCCAAUCACAAUUGGAAGCGCUCUACGCCGGCACUUACUGCUCGACGCAGAAGGGGUUGAACUCCACGAUCACCUUCUCUCACAGCGAUUCAAAGUCCCUUCAUAUCAAAUCUUGGAUCUCAAACUCAACAGAUGUUCUGGGGGCCUUGAAACCUCUUGUAUCUGCAAAGGCUGGCACCACUGGAGAUAUGUACUUCCAGCUUAUGCCCACGUUUCGCAACAAGACUUCAUCAGAUGGUCGAGUCGGUGAAAUUUGGCGGUUUAUCAACGUCAUUGAUGAUUAUGUUUACCCCACCAAUGCUACGACUAUAUGGAACGAUUAUUGCGUUGCCAAUGUCGACCCAAUGUCCUAUGGCGCUGUUCCGCUGAACGAGGCGGUCUUCUGGCGAGCUUCGAACGAUUCUACUUCUACUGUCGAGGAGGUGACACUUUCAGCAUUUCGAGUGACACUGCGACGGGAAUGA